GUAAAUACUCAGUUCUUCUCUUCUUCGUUCCAUCUCCCAUGUUGUUUUCAGUUCUUUGUUAUUAUUUUUUCAUUAUUUGCUGAAACGGUUGAUUGAAUCUCUGAUCAUCUUCUCCUAGCGCGUGGUUACUUUUUUUCGUUUUUUUUUGGGUUUCUUCUUCCUCUUCUUGUUCAAUCAUUACUCUUCAUUUGCUUGAUUACUUCUCUAUCUCCAUGCAUACUUUAUCUGACACCAUUCUUACUUUCUAAACCCGGUGGACUUGACUGAGGAACUUUUCUCUUGGUAUAAACAAUUCUCUUCAUUUUCUUUGUGAGCUGUCAGUUAUUUUUGGAGAAGACAGACCAUUUCACAUCCUUCCGGUCUUAUGCAAAUUGGUUCUUGCAUGAGCAAAUUAGAUAUAUUGAGGAAGGCGUAAGAGUUCUUUUGUUGAAGUGUGUUUGUUUGGUUUUCUAUUUUAACAAUCAGAACCCAGAAAAAGGAAAAAAAAAAAAUUAGUUUUUAUGCCUGUUUAAUGGUGCAAAUGUUUCAGGAUGAAGCAUCAUCUUCUGUAACAUCUUCACCUCUCCAGUUUUUUUCCACGAUGUCAGUCUCACCUAGUUUAGGCUCACCUUACCCUUGGCUUAAGGAACUGAAAUCUGAGGAGAGGGGUUUGUAUUUGAUCCAUUUGUUGCUUACUUGUGCCAGUCAUGUAGCCUCUGGUAGCCUUGAAAAUGCUAAUAUUGCCCUUGAGCAAAUCUCCCAACUUGCCUCUCCUGAUGGUGAUACUAUGCAGCGAAUUGCUUCGUAUUUCACGGAGGCCCUUGCCGAUAGGAUCCUCAAGUCCUGGCCUGGUCUGUACAAAGCUCUGAAUUCCACUAAACUAACUCUGGCUUGCGAAGAAAUCAUGGUGAGGAAGCUGUUUUUCGAGAUGUUUCCUUUCUUGAAAGUGGCUUUUGUUCUUACUAAUCAAGCUAUAGUUGAAGCUAUGGAAGGAGAAAAGAUGGUUCAUGUAAUUGAUCUCAAUGCUGGUGAAUCUGCUCAGUGGAUUGCACUUCUUCAGACCUUGAAUUCGCGGCCUGAAGGGCCGCCUCAUUUGAGAAUUACUGCAGUUCAUCAGAGGAAAGAGGUGUUGGAUCAAAUCGCCCAUAGAUUGACUGAAGAAGCUGAGAAAUUGGACAUCCCAUUUCAGUUCAACCCUGUUGUUAGCAGAUUGGAGAAUCUGGAUGUUGAGAAGUUGAGGGUUAAAACCGGAGAGGCUUUGGCAAUCAGCUCAGUUCUUGAAUUGCAUUCCUUACUGGCUCCUGAUUCCGAACUAUCAAGAUCAAAAUCCCCAUUAGCGUUGAAGAGUCCAAAUGGCAUUCACUUACAAAGAGUCCUCCAAAUGAAUCAAAGCACUUUAGGGGAGUUGCUUGAGAAAGAUAUAGGAAACGGGUAUAGUCCGACUGAUUCAACCUCGUCAUCACCAAUAUCUUCAACAGCUUCGGCAAAGAUGGAUAGCUUUCUCAACGCACUGUGGGGUUUAUCACCAAAGCUCAUGGUGGUAACUGAACAAGAUUCUAACCAUAAUGGUUCCACUCUUAUGGACAGGUUAUUAGAGGCCCUUUACUCUUAUGCCGCAUUGUUUGAUUGUCUAGAGUCAACAGUAUCAAGAACAUCUUUAGAGAGGCUGAAAGUUGAGAAGAUGAUGUUUGGAGAGGAAAUUAAAAACAUCAUAGCAUGUGAGGGAGCCGAGAGGAAGGAAAGACACGAGAAACUCGAGAGGUGGAUUCAGAGACUUGAUUUGGCUGGCUUUGGAAAUGUGCCUUUGAGCUACUAUGGCAUGCUGCAAGCAAGGAGAUUGCUUGAGGGAUUUGGUUGCGAUGGCUAUAGGAUCAAAGAGGAGAAUGGCUGCGUGGUAAUUUGCUGGCAAGAUCGACCACUUUUCUCGGUAUCAGCUUGGAGCUGUAGGAAAUAACAAUGGAUAAGGUCAUGAUUAUAUAUAUAUAUAUAUAUAUAUAUAUAUGAAGCCUGAGUUUUUCAUAUACUCGUAUAGAUAUUCCUUCGUUAUUGUUUUACCACUCAAUGUAAUGAACCCAACACUGAUCUUUUAGUGUGCAAUGAUUAGUUAAGAUUCA